GAAAAGUAAGGUCGCCAUGGUUAAUCUACUCACAACGCCAUCACCGAGAUCUUCCCCGCCGUACGAUUCCCCGGCGUCGGCGAUCUUCGUCAGAACGGCUUCGACCUCCAAGAACACCAAGAGAGCAACGGUUGACCACGCCAAAUCUCAAGCUCUCAAGACUGUCAGCAACGUAUCGGAGUUGAAGGACCUCGCUGCUACGCGUCUUGACGAACUGAAGGGCCUGAUUGAUCGCUCUCACUCUGAGAUCUUCAACGAUCUCGAGGCUUCCCAGUUACGUCUCCGCAAGAGACUUAAGACUCAAUCAUGCCAGCAAAUGAUGGAUGAAGCAGAUAAAGAAUACAAAAAAGUUUCUGAACGAAUUGCUGCUGAAAAUCAAGAAUUAAUGAAGGCCUCGUAUAAAGAAUUCGUUGCAGAUGCACAGAUCAGCGCAUCUCGUGGUACGUUUGUUUGA